AUGAGCAAAAUGACUAGUCUAAGACAUCUUGAUAUCAGUGAAUAUGAUAAAUUGACCCAUACGCCAGCUAAUACGGGAGAAUUAAAGUUCCUUCAGACCUUGCCAAUAUUCAUAGUUGGUAAGGAUAGUGGACGUGGUAUAAGAGAGCUGCAAGGUCUAAACCUUGGAGGAGAAUUGACUAUUCGAAACCUCGAGAAUGUGAUGUGUGCAGCAAAUGCCCAGGAAGCAAACUUGAAGGAUAAGCCGAACCUUUGUAAGUUACACUUUUCGUGGGGUCGGGAUAUUGAUCUUCAGUUGGAAGGAAACGUGGAGCAAACACUUGAAGGUCUCCAACCACAUCCAAAUCUCAAAAGGUUGACUAUGGAAGAGUACAUGGGUGUCAGAUUUCCGCAUUGGAUGUGUUCUUCAUUGCUUCCAAAUCUGAUUGAAGUUUCAGUGAUUAAUUGCAGAAGAUGCGAACAGCUCCCCCUGGUCAGCCGCUCACCAUUCAUUAAAGCUCUUGUGAUACAAGGAAUGUAUGCUUUGAAAUCUAUUGACAACCAUUUCUCUGGCGGUGAUGAUGUUACAGAGGGAUUUCAGUCACUGAAAGAACUCAGCUUGAUAGAUAUGCCUAAUUUAGAGUGGUCAGUAUUCAAUGGAAGAGAAGUACUACUCCCUCACCUUGACAAAUUAACUGUCUCAGGAUGUCCAAAGUUAACAAUGCUUCCAUGCCUUCCAUCUCUAAAAAUAUUGGAAUUGAAGGAUGGUAAUGAGAUGUUGUUAGGUUCAGUGGCAAUCCUAUCCUCACUUUCCUCCCUCAAGGUUGAAGGUUUCAAGGAGCUAAGGUCGCUGUCAGAUGGGUUGUUUGAAAACCAAACCCAUCUCUUGAGCCUAGAAAUUAGGGAAUGCCCAAAGCUAGAGUCUGUAUCUAGGGAGCUUGGAAACCUUGCUGCUCUAGAUUCUCUGUCUAUUCAUCGGUGUGAUAAGCUGGCAUUGUUGCCAGAGGAGUUACAAAACCUCACCUCUCUCCGUUGGCUGUCGAUUGAUGGGUGCAAUGGUCUAACGUCCUUGAGACUACGAGGCUUGAGCUCUCUUCAAGAUCUAUUCAUCCAGUGGUGUGAAAGCUUAACGAGUUUGAUAGGGGGACUGCAACACCUCACUGCCUUACAAGACUUGUUCAUUAAUAUAUGUCCGGAGCUGGCAUAUUUACCAGAGGGUAUGCAACACCUUACUUCCCUUCGAAAACUCACCAUAGGGAGCUGUCAGAAGUUGACAUGUUUGCCGGAAGGGCUACGACAUGUCACAACACUGGAAGAUCUAUCAAUCGGUGGAAUGACUCCGCCGGAGUGGAUAGGAAACCUGUCCUCGCUUCGAAGUUUGCAGAUUAACGGUUGUGAUAAAUUGACGUGUUUGCCAUCAGGGUUGCAACUCCUAACAAACCUCCAAAUUCUAAAAAUCCGGAAUUGGCAAAGUCUAACAGCUCUGCCGGAGUGGAUAGGAAACCUCUCCUCGCUUCGAUAUUUGGAAAUUUACUAUUGUCGAAAAUUGGAAUGUUUGCCAUCCGGGUUGCAACUUCUAACAAAUCUCCAACGUCUAACAAUCAGAAGCUGUCCCCAAUUAGAGAAGCGAUGCAAGAAGGAGAAAGGCGAGGAUUGGCACAAGAUAGCACACAUCCCAGAUAUCCGUAUUCACAAGGACUUGUCCAUUUAGGAUUGAGUGCGAUGGAGCCACACAUGGGCAUCAAACGCCAAAGGCAAUUCUGGAGCUCAAUAUAAUCUUAGGCUUUUGCUACCUUGAAUGCUUGCGUGGUGGAAGUUACACAGCAAAUGAUCAGUUCAAAUAUAAGAUCAUUUAAACACCAUCAUUUCAUUGUGGAAUGAGAGUGGGACUCAUGCAAAUGAGAUGAAGGAGCCUAGCAGCAAACAUGCCAAUGCGGUACACUUAUGGGAGACUGAGCAAGAAAGCUGGGGGUUGAACCAAAAAUCAGGCUGGUCUGCUUAUUAGGAUUAGAGACAUGUUUAAGGAUGGAAGUGGUUAGUGGAGGAGGGAAUUCUUGGCUAUUACAACUGAUGUGGAGAUUUUCUUGUCCUUUGGAAAGUGCAUUCUUGCUUCGAAGCCGAGCACUGUUUUGAAUGAGUUAAGAUAGCUUGACUUUUGUCGAAGAAAGAACCACGCUAUAAACCAUGCGUGCAGCUUAAGGGAGGGGUAAGGAGGAGAUGAUCAGGAGGGACCCCUGAACUAGUGUGGAUCUAGAUGACAGUCCAUACAUGUGAAUGUGCUGCAUCACUCUUCAUCAAGCUUUCCUCUCCUCCCACUCAUAACAAUAAAGCCGACAUGAACAAUGUGAAAUCUUCUGUCUGCUCCCAUAAUUCCUUUUCCAUUCUCGAUUGACGCCUUGGCCAGUCAUCAUUUCCACAAUAUCAAAAGUCGAUGUACGAGGAAUUCUAAAUGGAAUUGUUCAUGUGUGGUGGAUUUGAUGAUAAACAAAAACUAUGCCAUGAUGUUGGUGAGCUACAUUAGGCAUCCAUCUCUCACUUCUCAUAUUAAAGGAACGGGCCAAGGAGGGAAACGAUGACCGACCGAUGAUAGCAAGCAUCCCCACGAUGGAGAAUGACCAUAGAAAGAUCUUUCCACAUUGAGGAAAGCUCUCUCGACUUGCAUUAUUGUUGAUACAUAUUCAUGCAGGAAGUUGACACUUAGAAUGCCUAAGAUGAGAAGCAACAAUAGCGGGUGAAUGCCAACACUCAAAGAAUCGAAGCAUCUAUGAACAAGCCUAUUGGAUAUCCUUGGCG